GGAUUCCCGCCGAUCGAUGAUACAUAUCAGUUCUCGGUGGAGUUGUUAACAAAGCAAGACGUGUACAGGAUGAGCAAGUGUGUGGUUCCCGUGGAUAGUGAUGUCGUGAUGACCAGGUUUAUCACAGAAAAGGAGAAAGCGUUAGAAACGCCCACCGACUCCUCUGUGGUGAGUAGCUGCUCUACUGUAUACAGUGGAGAUGAAACGUCCCGUGGGAAUUGGUCUGGACGUAUGGACUUCCUACUUUCCUGCAUUGGAUAUGCUGUUGGAUUGGGAAAUAUAUGGAGGUUCCCUUAUCUAUGCUACAAGAGUGGAGGAGGUGCUUUCCUGAUACCCUACCUGAUAUUCCUGGUUCUGUGUGGGAUUCCUCUAUUCUUCCUCGAGGUGUCCUAUGGACAGUUUGCCAGUCUAAGCCCAAUCACCGUAUGGAGAAUAUGUCCUUUAUUUAAAGGUGUGGGAUAUGGCAUGGUGAUCAUCUCGGGUAUCGUGUGUAUCUAUUAUAACAUCAUCAUCACCUGGACCAUUUACUUCCUGUAUUAUUCCUUCCGGGCUGUCCUCCCGUGGAGCACCUGUGAUAAUUGGUGGAACACCGAAAAAUGUUUUUUGAGAACAAAAGAUCAUGAGAAAAACACUACAUUGGUGACCUUGUCAAAUGAAACAAACAGCUCUAAUACUUCCUGGUCCUAUGAUGUCUCCAUGGCAACUCCAUUACUGGCAGAUAAUGAUACGAAAACAGCAAGUGAGGAAUUCUGGCAGCGUGCAGUUCUACAGAUGUCCGAUGGUAUAGACGAUAUGGGAGACCUGCGCUGGGAUCUCCUCAUUUGUCUCUUUGUUGCCUGGGUCAUUGUGUUCCUCUGCCUCUUUAAAGGUGUGAAGUCGUCUGGAAAGGUAGUAUAUGUGACGGCCACCUUCCCGUAUCUGGUGCUGCUGAUUUUACUAGUACGCGGAGUGACAUUGCCUGGAGCAGGAGCUGGUAUCUAUUUCUACCUGGUGCCCGAUUGGAACAAACUAGCCACUUUUGAGGUUUGGGGAGACGCAGCUGUCCAGAUCUUUUACUCCGUGGGUAUGGCGUGGGGAGGUCUCAUCACCAUGGCGAGUUACAACAAGUUCCACAACAACGUGUACAGAGACGCCAUGGUUGUGCCCCUGAUCAACUGUGGUACAAGUGUGUUUGCUGGUCUGGUUAUCUUCUCUGUGUUAGGAUUUAUGGCACACGAAACUGGAGUGGACAUCGAAAAAGUUGUUACUCAAGGACCUGGCCUGACGUUUGUGGCGUACCCAGAGGCUGUUGCUAAGUUACCAAUUUCACCCUUGUGGGCGGUCCUGUUUUUCCUGAUGUUGUUUACAAUUGGUUUGGAUAGCCAGUUUGGAAUGUUUGAAACCAUGACCAGUGCUUUCGUAGACGAGUUUCCAGAUCUACUGAAAAACAGAAAGGAGCUCUUCACGGCGUUCAUGUGCUUCAUUGAGUUCCUAUUAGGAAUCCCAUGUGUGAUGCAGGGAGGUGUGUACGUGCUACAGAUCAUGGAUUGGUAUUGCUCCACCUUUUCACUGAUGAUCCUUUCCCUAACAGAGUGUAUUGUCAUCGGCUGGAUCUAUGGUGCUGACCGUUUCUACCGGGACAUCGAGUUGAUGAUAGGCUACCAGCCCUGUGUCUGGUGGAAGAUCAGCUGGUGUUAUAUAACUCCCAUCCUUAUACUGUUUAUUUGGCUGUUCAGCGUGACCCAGCUGAGUCCUGUAACCUAUGGCGACUACCACUACCCUCAGUGGGCCAUCAUCCUGGGAUGGUUCCUCGGACUUAUCUCCCUUGCACCAGUUCCUAUAUGCGCUGUUAUAUUGAUAUUUAAGGAGACUGGACCCAUUAUGUUGAGAGUGAAGAAACUAUUGAAGCCAGCAGAGAAUUUCGGACCUGCCGUACCCAAGUAUAGAGAAGAGUAUGUAGAAACAUUGGAGAAAAGGCAGUCAUACUUCCCCACAAUCGAUCUGAGAUGUCGACAUACAGGUUCAUCAGAAUUCAUUCAGACCGGAGAAACACAAAACUUCAUGAGUUGACGUACUGUAUAGCUUUCUUCAAUAGUUAUGUCUUUUCCCUGGAAAAUAAAACUUUCCAUUUCCUUUUCAAACAAAAAAGCUGUUUCAAUAGAUUUUAUCAUCACUAUGAUGUACCCAUUCAACAAUGAAGAAAUCAUAAUCAUUUUUUUUUUAGCUCGCCUGCCAGAAAUUUGUCGUAGAGAAUGACCUUGAACCAUUUUCAAGGUCAUAGAAUACAAAUAUGUUAAUUGAAAGGUUUAAAUGACUUCUUCUAAACAAAGAAACUAAAAGUUAUAAUUGACCCAUAGCAUGCUUGAAUGAAGGGUGUUUGAGUUUGUUGAAGUGAAUGAUCUUGACCCACUUCAAGGUCACAAGGGGUCAAACAUUGACCCUGAAGUCAAAGAGUAGCCCCAUUUAACUUGGAGAGUCAGCUUGCUUGCUACAAUUUUUUUUAAAUACAUGUUACCUUGACCCACUUUGAAGGUCACAGAUGUAAGAUAUUUUUGCCAACAGCAUUGAAAUAAACAGGCGAAUGAUACAGGCCAAAUCGGCCACUUCAUGAUCUCACGAGUUUAAACAAGUUUGUAUGUAGGUUUGAUUUACUGUAGUAAUAUCAGUCACUGUGUCAGACAAUCUCAAUGUGGUGGAUUCCAUUUCACAUCACAUUUUAGAAUUUUUCAUUUCUGUAUACAUAUUGUACGUUAUUUUUGUUUGCGAUGUGUCCCCCCUCCCCCAAAUCAAAACAAAACAAAACUUUCUUGGGUAAACAUGUAAAAUUACCUCAAAGUCAAAAGUCAAGUCUCCUGGUACAUUUGUGAUUUGUAUUAUAGGAAAUCCACUUGGUCUUUAUUUUAACUGCAUUUGGAAGUGACUUGUGACAAACAUGAUGUUGUUUAUAGCAUAAAAAAUAUUGCACAGUAUGUAGAGGGAUUGGGAAAAGCAGGGGCCAAACAUGUAUUCAGAAUUGUAAUGGUAUUUACUGAGAAAUUUAUCACAAAUUUACAGGAUCUAGACCAGGAAAUAGUUAAAACAUAUAGAAGAUGGACUUUAUAGUGUGAUUUAAUCUUAACACAAGGACAAUGUCUCCUUAUAGAGUGAUGAGUAAAAAAACACCCAAACACCAACUGUAAUACCAUAUGUCGGGACUCUCUGGUCUAGAUAGCUGACUUGUGGUCCAAUGUCUAUAACAUAUGUAGGGGACUCUCUGGUCUAGAUAGGUGUCCUGUGGUCCAAUAUCUAUACCAUAUGUAUGGGACUCUCUGAUCUAGAUAGGUGUCCUGUGGUCCAAUGUCUAUACCAUAUGUAGGGGACUCUCUGGUCUAGAUAGCUGUCCUGUGGUCCAAUAUCUAUACCAUAUGUAGAGGACUCUCUGGUCUAGAUAGCUGUCCUGUUGUCCAAUGUCUAUAACAUAUGUAUGGGACUCUCUGGUCUAGAUAGCUGUCCUGUGGUCCAAUAUCUAUACCAUAUGUAGAGGACUCUCUGGUCCAGAUAGCUGUCCUGUGGUCCAAUGUCUAUACCAUAAGUAGAGGACUCUCUGGUCUAGAUAGCUGUCCUGUUGUCCAAUGUCUAUAACAUAUGUAUGGGACUCUCUGGUCUAGAUCGCUGUCCUGUGGUCCAAUAUCUAUACCAUAUGUAGGGGACUCUCUGGUCUAGACAGUUGGCUUGUGGUCCAAUGUCUAUACCAUAUGUAGAGGACUCUCGGGUCUAGAUAGCUGUCCUGUUGUCCAAUGUCUAUACCAUAUGUAGAGGACUCUCUGGUCUAGAUAG